UUACCGAACAAACGGAGAAGCAACUUCGAGAGCUCUUAGAAGAAUCACCUAAAGAAAGUGAUACGAAAUCUUUUAAAAAAGCGAAAAAAAUAUAUGCGCAAUGCGUGACAAAAGAUAACAAUGAUGCAAACGGAAAUAUUAAUUUUACCGCCAUUUUAAGUAAAUACGCCGAAUGGCCACUAGUUAUGCCUUAUCGCAAUUGGGACGAUGAACAUUUGUGGUGGCAAAUUGUUAGCAGUGCUUUACUUAAAAAUGGGUUUCAAAACGGCCUAUUUAAUAUAAAAGUGGUGCCGGAUGUUCGAAAUUCUACCGGUAACGUUAUCUUUAUAUCUGAUCCUGUGUUCUUUUUCUCGCGAGAUGACAUGAUUCAGCUUUCCGUAAAUGAAAUACAGAAAAAAAUGUACAUCAAUAUUAUCACCACCUUUGCGUUACAUUUGAUUGAAGAAACUAACGGAACUGUCGACAUGGAUACUCUUAUUCGAGAUAUAGAAGACAUGAUAGAAUUUGAAAUAAAACUGGCUAAUCUGACAAUGAGUUACCAACCCUACGCAAACGUUAAUCAAAUUUCUCGUCCGCUAACAAUUUAUCAGUUGCAAGUGGAGUAUCUUAAGGAAGUGGAUCAUCUUACACCAAAAGGAAUGAUUGAUUGGCUUGACACUAUUCAAAGCGUCUUUGCGUCAGAAGGAAUUGUGAUUGGAUACUUUGAGAAGCUCGUCGUUCAAGCGUACGAUUAUAUUCUUCAAUUAGUACCGUUACUACAGCAAACACCAUCUCGCACUAUUGUUAAUCAUAUGAUAUGGAAUUCAAUUCAGCGGUUUUAUUUUCGUGACACUAAAAACUUGAAACCGAGCAAUAACAAAAUUGACAAUCGGUGGAAAAUGUGCAUUACACAAUCAAAUUUGAAACAUGCUAUUUUGCAUGAAUAUGUAAAAAAAUACUUAUCAAAGAAUACUAUACAGGACAUCACAUCAAUACUUACGAACGUUAAAAACGCAAUUCGCGAACAAAUAGAGAAUUCCGCUUGGAUGGACGAGCCAAUAAGAGAAACGUAUCUUGAGAGACUUACGUAUAUGAAACACGAAUUUAUUAUGCCCGAGUGGUACAACGACGAAGCUAUUGAUAGAUAUUACGAAAACGUUUCUAUCAGCACGAACUAUCUCGACACUGCCAUACAGUUAUAUCAAUUCGAAAGAAAGAAAAUGAUACGGUCGCUAAGGACACCUGACAUUACUUUGGAAUGGGAUGUUGAUCUGACAACAGAUACUUACUAUAAUUCAGGUCCAGAAAAAACUGUUGUCCCAGCCACCGUAUUACAAACUCCUAUAUAUGACAGCAAUAUUCCAUUUCUGAACUACGGAACUCUAGGUUUUCUUAGUGGACAUCGCAUAAAUUACGACUUAGUUGAUAACCAUGUAAAGUACAACAGCAAUGGCAGAGUCGUAUCAUUAAUAACAACACAAAAAAGUAUCAACGAAUUCAGAAAAAUAAUAAAUUGUGCCGCUGACCAGUACAGCAAGUAUCCAUAUCCGGGAUUAGAAGAUAAGUAUGUACACGGACGCGUGACGGUUAAAGAGAGCAUCAUUGACUUUGCGUCACUUUCAGCUGCAUAUUACGCGUACAAGAACAAACAAGUGAGGCAGAACGAUUAUGAAUGGCGAAUGCAGGGACUGGAGGAGUAUAGCGAUGAUCAGAUAUUCUUUAUAACGUAUGCUCAAAUGAUGUGCGAAAAUGUCCCGUCGAAAAUGAUAGAGAUGCAUAGAAAGAUCAUCUAUACUACAAAUGAAAUUAGGAUUCGUGGCAGUCUUUCGAAUUUUCCAGCUUUUUCCGCGGCUUACAAAUGCCCUGUGGGAAAACCAAUGAAUCCCGAGAAAAAAUGCACUUUUUGGGAAUAGAUCGACGUUCGUUUUUAUACAACAUAAUAUGUUGUAAUAUAAUUAGAUUCACUUUUAAGUCUGACAUCCACGUUAUGUAUAUCUAUUUCUAUUUUUAAACGUUAUAUAGCUUCGCUAUUGUA